AUGGCGUUUCUUGCAACCGACUGGGCAGUGGUCAUGGAUAAGGUAUGGGCGGUCGUAAAACACGAGGCUAAGCUCUGCUAUGGAUUUAUGCAUCGCGAUGUUAGCAUGGGUAUGCUUCCUGUGCCUGCUUUUACAACUGCCUCGUUGCUUUACCGAAACGCAACGAUGGAAGACAUGGCAACUACAAUCCCGAAAAGCUUCCUCCUGGGCUAUCUAUUCCUCUACAGCUUUGUUGUCGGCAAUCAGGUCUGCGGCGUCCAGGAAGAUCGUAUCAACAAGCCUGACCGGCCCAUUGCUGCCGGUAUGUCUUCGCUACAGGCGGCCCGCAUACGCUGGGCGGUUCUGACUGCUUUAUACGUUGGGUAUGGCACCUAUCUAGGCGUCGGUACUUGGUCAUUCAUGUGGGUUUUGAUUGCCUUUUCGCAUAACUUUCUCAAUCUAGGUGAUUUUGGACCGACUAAGGACCUGUGCGUUGGCAUUGGGUGCGUUGCCCAGCUGACAGCCGCUUGGUUGGUGGGUGGUUCUCCUUACGAUAUUGGCUGGUCCUGGAUUAAGGUCAUCGCCAUGUACGUUGUUCUUCCCAUUUCCGUACAGGAUCUGCGGGACGUACCAGGUGACCUCGCUAUCGGAAGACGCACUAUGCCAAUUAUCCUAGGUGAUUUGCCGUGUCGAGUCUAUAUUUCGCUUGGCGUGCUUGCUUCACAGUUCCUACUUAUUAGGAACUGUAUUCUCAACUACCGGUUUGAUAUCUCAACCAUAAUUCUUUCCAGUAUCAUUGCUACGCUGGCCAUGGCCUUGAUAUUGCGUCUGUUUGCGUUCCGUGACGUCAAAAGCGACCGCCUUUCCUACCGAUUGUACACGCUAAUCUACCUUGUUCAGCCACUGUGCGCAUGCAUCACUCUACGAUAG